AUGGAUCCCGCUGAUACCAUCGACGCUUUCGCGUCCGACGCGGAUGGUGCAGCUCUGAAUAUUCCUCCGUUACCUGUGGCUCAGUUGUCCGCGAGUGAUGCCGAUCGUGAAAGCGACGUCUCGAUCAAGAAACGGAAAAGAGUUCGCACCGGGUGCUUUACGUGUCGGGAUCGUCAUUUAAAAUGCGACGAAGCUCUGGGUCAAUGCCAGAACUGCAGAAAAUCGGGCAGGCUAUGCCGACGGGGCGUUCGUCUCAAUUUUGUGGACACGCAAGUGGUUGCGCCCCCAACCUGCGUCACGCCGCCCGCGGGAACUGGUGUAACCUUUCGUGACGACUCGAGAAUCAUAGCCUCCGAGUACGUCGGUGGAUUCGAGAGGUAUCCUCCGCCUGAACAGGAUGCUCCAGUGGAAGAUGUCCGUCAGACUUCGAUUCCAGUCCAACCUGGAAUCAAUCCGUUUCUCAAUACACAAUACCAGAUCAGUCGCCAUGGCUGCUUGGAUGACCCCACCGAAUUGUCUCUUUUGCAGGUAUUCGUGAAUCAAAUCGGUCCCUGGAUGGAUAUUGUGGAUGAAGCGAAGCACUUCACGCGGAUUCUGCCAUUGUAUGCUGUCGAACAGCCGCUUCUACGCGCUGUUAUGGCAGCUUGUGUUGAGUUGUAUGUCUCAAUACAUCUGUUUAAAGAGGCAAGUGAGCGAAUGCGCCACUACGAUGCCGCAGCCCUGAUGCUCUCUGAAUGUAUAGCAAGCCCACAUCGUGACCCGUCCUUGUGUGCAACCGCCGCGCUCAUCAUUGAAAUUGCUGAAAUGCUGAUUCUCGGGCCGAUCGAGAGCGGAAUGCGCAUCCGUGCCGGCAACUCGGCCAGAUCUUUGAUUCGAGAUUGUCAGUGGACAACCCGUACACAGGGCCUUGGCGGAACGUGUUCUUGGCUCAGCAUUCUCAUGGAGUUGUUCGAUUGUAUAGCCUUCCGGCAGACAGUCGUCUGGGACCCUGACACCUGGGGCAUCGAUAUGGGCUUUGUUGUCGAACCAUCCAUUGCUGGAAAUGAGGAGUUUUGGAUGCAGCGCAUCAUCUACAUUUGUGCUAAGGUCUCAGAUCUCCGCUCUUCGAACUUAAAAGGGAUCGGUAACUCUACCCGCUACGCCGAGGCGCAGCGGCUCGAACAAUGGAGUCUCUACAAUGAAUGGUGUGCCAGGUGGUUAGAUUCCAUCCCAAGGUCGAUGUUACCACUUGGAAAUGUCCAGCCUUGGCAGAGAAACCCCCAGUCAGUCUUUCCUCAGGUAUGGCUGCUUGGACGUUCGGCUAUAGUAGCCCAAAUGCUCUACCAUAUUACUCGAAUCAUGCUCCUCGAGACCGAUCCGCUCCAACAGGACCAUCUUCCCGAACUACAGGAAGAGCAGCAGCGCCAUGCGUACAGCGUCUGCGGUAUCGUUUCGAAUGACAAGAACAAUGGGAUCCCUGUUUUCUCUGCACAUCUUCUUGCUGUUGCUGCGGGGUAUUUGGUUGACAGGAAAGCGCAGGAAGAGGUCGUCGCGAUCCUAGAUCAGCUGAGACGCACGAGUGGGUUGAGCACUGAGCACAUCAGAGACAAACUCCGGGAAACAUGGGGCUGGCAUUCACACGCCCAUCAGUCAUUUCCAGACACCGUCGAUACAUCAACUGUGUCUAUCGGGAUCCACACGUCCGAUCAUGGCCAUGAAUUUUCCCAAGUCGGCAUUACGGACCCUUUUACGUACUCCUUGGUGGAAACUCAUCAGUAUCUAGAUCACCAUCUAAUUUACGACCAGUCCCACCAAAGCCUGUAG